GUGCAGGGGCACGCGCGCGAGGCCGAGCUCACCAAAGCCCCGCCCCAAAGGAGGCUGGAGCCCGGCUCUGCGUCCCGACCGGACGGGAAAGGAGCUUCCCAGUGGCGGUCCGCACCUUGACUCGCUCGGGGAAAGUGUCUGUAGGCCUCUCGGUUAGCUAGCGGCACGAAUCCGCGGGUUGGUGACAGGCGCGCGCUUGGCCGUCUCGCUGCCGCUUGCCUGGGAGGACUCGAACUGGCCCCAGGAAAUAUUAGGAAGACGUGAUUUUCAAAACUAAUUAUGAAAACAUUUGUCAUUGGAAUUGGUGGUGUGACAAAUGGUGGGAAGACAACACUGGCUAAGAACUUACAGAAACACCUCCCAAACUGCAGCGUAAUAUCUCAGGAUGACUUCUUUAAGCCAGAGUCUGAGGUAGAGAGAGAUAAAAAUGGAUUUUUGCAGUAUGAUGUGCUUGAAGCACUUAACAUGGAAGAGAUGAUGUCAGCCAUUUCCUGCUGGAUGGAAAGUCCUGGACAUUCUGUGGAAUCAACAGAUGGCACAAGUGCUGAGGAAAUUCCCAUUUUAAUCAUCGAAGGUUUCCUUCUGUUUAAUUAUAGGCCCCUUGACACUGUAUGGAAUAGAAGCUACUUCCUGACCAUUCCCUAUGAAGAAUGCAAGAGGAGAAGGAGUACAAGAGUCUACAAGCCUCCAGACCCUCCAGGGUACUUUGAUGGCCAUGUGUGGCCCAUGUACCUAAAGUACAGACGAGAAAUGGAGGACAUCACACGGGAGAUUGUUUACUUAGAUGGAACAAAACCAGAAGAGGACCUCUUUGCACAAGUAUAUGAAGAUGUAAUACAACAACUUGCAAAACAGAAGUAACUGGRAAUAUCGUCACCAGUCACUGCACAGGAGACUGAAGAAGAUGUCAGGACAUGUUCAGACCAGGCAUGGUGCAUUCAUUGCCUUGGAAAGUUGUCACAGGACAAAAUCAAGGGUUUUUUAGUGAGAAAAGAAGAAAUAGCUACCAAAAGUGUAUACUACAACUUUUUUUGUGCAUGAAUUUAUCAAACUUGAGUUAUUGUGAUUUCUAUUAUUAAUAUAAUAGUUUUUGUUGUUGUUUUUUGGAUAAAAGCAUAUAUAUGAUUAUUCCAACUUCAUUUCUAAGAAUUUCUGAAAUGACUUCUCCCCCUGUACCCUACAGAGACAUGGACCUGCUGAUGGAGAAUCAUUACAUUUGUCUUUUCUCCCUGUUUGAACUUGUGAAAAUAAUAGGCCAGAGAAGGUCUAUCUUGCAGGGAAGGAUAACAACAGGCAUUGUAAACAGAAGCACUUUGGAAAGACAUACGAUAAUCUUCUUUCUGUUGUUAGUGAGA